GGGACACCCAGGACACAGUGGGAUAUUCAUGGGCCAGAGGCGCGACAGCCUCCCUUCAGCGCCUUAAAUAGCCAGGCUUCUGCCUCACCCUCACCGCAAGGGCCCUCUACUCCAUCACCCACCGGCUCCAGCUCCCUGCCCUCCUGUCCCUCCUACCUGGACCGUCUGAGAGAGGCCUGUGCCCUGGCUCUGCCUCCAGCCAAAGCAUGAAUGACGUGGAGCAUGCCCCAAGUCUAACGGAAAAUGCCUCCGUGACCGCUGGGGACCAAUGUGGCCAGGAGACGCCCCUGGAGAACGCCCUCUUUGCCACCUUCUACUUGCUCGAUUUCAUCCUGGCUUUUGUUGGCAACGCCCUGGCCCUGUGGCUCUUUGUGCGGGACCACAAGUCAGGCACCCCUGCCAAUGUGUUCCUCAUGCACCUGGCCGUGGCCGAUCUCUCCUGCGUGCUGGUCCUGCCCACCCGCCUCGUCUACCACUUCUCUGGGAGUCACUGGCCAUUCGGGGAGAUCCCGUGCCGCCUCACUGGCUUCUUCUUCUACCUCAACAUGUAUGCCAGCAUCUACUUCCUCACCUGCAUCAGCGCAGACCGCUUCCUGGCCAUCGUGUACCCUGUCCGGUCCCUCAAGUUGCGAAGGCCCCUCUACGCCCACCUGGCCUGUGCCUUCCUCUGGGUGGUAGUAGCUGUGGCCAUGGCGCCGCUGCUGGUGAGCCCACAGACUGUGCAGACCAACCACACAGUUGUCUGCCUCCAGCUCUACCGGGAGAAGGCCUCCCACUAUGCCCUCGUGUCCCUGGCCGUGGCCUUCACCUUCCCAUUCAUCACCACGGUCACCUGCUACCUGAUGAUCAUCCGGAGCCUGCGGCAGGGCCCGCGGGUGGAGCAGCGCCUCAAGAGCAAAGCCAUCCGCAUGAUCGCCAUGGUGCUGGCCAUCUUCCUGGUCUGCUUCGUGCCCUACCACGUCCACCGCUCCAUCUACGUGCUGCACCUACACAGUCACCAGCCCUCCUGCGCGGCCCGGCGCAUCCUGGCCCUGGGGAACCGCAUCACCUCCUGCCUCACCAGUCUCAAUGGCGCCCUGGACCCUGUCAUGUACUUCUUUGUGGCUGAGAAGUUUCGAGACACCUUGUGCAGCUUGCUCUGCAGCAAAAGAUUCCUGGGGCUGCCCCCCAGCUUUGAAGGAAAAACCAAUGAGAGUUCAUUGAGUGCCAAGUCAGAGCUGUGAGGGUUAGCCCUCGGGACGCUCCCUCUGGCUCAGGUCAAAGCUGUCCCAGGGGGACAACGCCCCCACAGCGGGGCUGCCCAGGCUGGAGACAGAGUAUGUCUUUCUUCCUGGGCCCCCUGUAGAAACAAACCAGCAUCCCAUCAGGUGGCUCUCCGUUCCCAGGCCUGAGCUCACUCACAACACCGGGGUAAAGUCCUGGGCAGGCUUGAAGGAAUACCUGAAUCUCUACCAAGAAGGAAUUGUCAUGCCCGCCAGCUCCUCUGCAGGAAGGUGUGCCACUGACCCCUCGGAAGGGAAGCCAGAGGUCCAGCUGCUGACGAUGAGCAUGAGUCUUCCUUCCUCAAGCUGCCUGCCUGGUUCCCAGCCUCUUCCCAAGACAGAAACGCCCCUUCGCAAAGCUCUGCAGAGGGAACCCCAAAAGUUGGCUGGAAAACAACCUUUAAGAGGUGAAUGGGUGGGAAGGGUGUCCACAUAUUUUCCUCUGAGGACAGGCUGGUCUGCGUUCCCUCUGUGGGACACUUGCUAUCAGGUGACCCCUACCAUAGUUUAGGGGUAGGGACCCUAUAUAACUCAACACUGGCUAAUAAUACCUUCCAACUGGUCAUCAGGCCAUCAGCUUAUAUAGACCAGGUCCUUCUCUAAGCCCGUAAUCAGAUCUGAAGAGGCCCCGCGUCUGGCCUGACAAUCACCAAUACUUCUUGGCAGGUGCCACUGCCUCCCUAACCCUGGCCAAUCACACAAGUCAGUAGGCAGUGCCAGGAGCACGCUUGGUGGGUCCUUGCUUGGAAAAUCCCAGGGCAGCAGAGAAGGACCUGGUAGGGACCAGUCUCCCACUAAUCAGACAGGCCAGGGCAUUCUUGUUCCUGCCCUCACCUGAGAGACUUCUCCUAGCCUUCAUACAUCAUUGCACCAGCAGAGCCUUUUAUAGUUGUUGCGUGAUCCUAAGCACAACCCAGCUGCACGUUGAAGACUAUGAAGGAGCACUGUGUUUGCUUAACAUCACAUCCCUUCCCAGAACGUUCCUCCCUGCAAGCCAGGAAUGGCCAAGUGGGGGGCCAAGGAAGCAGAGGUGGAGGUGCACACCACUCUUGAAGUCUCUCUUCUAUGUCAGCAGCGCCAACCGUAUAGGACCACGCCUGCAAGGUAGGAAUCCCACCUGGUUGGAAGUGCCAACCUAGGCCUGGGAGGGCAUGGGUUUGAGAAAGAAGUCUUGUUAAUCACACCUGCCAGCUGGCACCAUGACCCCUCUUCCUUAACAGCAAUUCUUUACUUCCCAUAGCACUGCAGCCUCCCCAAGACCCUCCCCAUACUCCAGUGGGAAGGGUGGUGUUAGGUUCACAGUGGCCCAGGAAAGGACUGGGCUCACCCUGGGCAGCACACUAAGCUGAUGAGCCAACCUCCGGGGUUGGUCUGCAGCCUUUCACCCAGCCAGCUAACCCUUGGGCAUGGUGGCGGGCCAGCAUGGCACCAGGAGCUGUUAGGCCAUGCGAGUCCAAGAGCCCAUCUCUUGGGCAGCGGACCAUCACAGACAGCACAACAGAGAACACGAGUGGAAGAAGAGCCCAGAUUGAAGAGCUGCCUGAGGAAGCAGACAUGAGUGGGGCCAAAGACCCGGAGAGAGCUGGCACUGUAAGGAGGUUAGGCAGGUCUCCCGCUGCUACGGGGAUUGCUGGAGAAGCAGUUCCAACUGGCAGGGCAGGACUCAGGAGCUCCCCGGGGGGGCCCCCGCUACACGGGACGUGCAUGAGUCUGCAACUGGAAAGUCUCACCCCAAAGUGGAAGUGAAACCCCUGAAGUUGUCCAGGACUCUGAAGAUUCAAGGCCUCUGUCCUCGAAGGCAGAGAUAAGAACAAAGUCCCAAAGAACUCUACGGCUUAAAGUUG